AUGGGCUCUAUUAGUCAGUCACACGAACGUCAACCUUUGAAGCUUCAAGGACAUUUGGCGUCCUUCAAGGCUUUUGACUGCACCCCAGUGCUGGGGACCGAAUUUCCGGAUGCGAAGCUGGCGCAAUGGCUUCAAGCGCCUAAUGCAGAUGAUUUGAUUAGAGAUCUUGCUAUCACAAUCUCGCAAAGAGGAGUCGUGAUCUUCAGAUCUCAAGUCGAUCUCACUGAUGAGCUUCAGAAGACUUUGGUCCAGAAGCUUGGGGAAUUGACAGGCAAACCAUCAGACUCAACUUGGCACAUCCACCCGCUCGCAAAAUACAACCCCACUGGGGACUCAACUCGUCAUUUGAUCACCACGGAUCCGAAAAACAAACCGGCUGAAGAUCGGUUCAGGAAUCAGGCCGAACAGCCCAUGGGUGUGCGGGCGGCAUGGCAUACCGAUAUCAGUUACGAGCCCAACCCGGCAGACUAUAGUUGCUUGAAGAUGGUGCAGCUUCCUACGAACGGUGGAGAUACCCUUUACGCGUCAUCCUAUGAGGUUUUGGACAAGAUCUCCCCUGCUUACCGAAAGUUCCUUGAAACUCUGACGGCCACUUUUGCGCAACCACGCUACAAUCAGUCCUCGCACGAGAAGAAGUCGGAGAUUCACGUGGAGCCUCGUGGCUCGCCGAAUAACGUGGGAAGCGAUCUCAGUGCCAUCCACCCGGUUGUGCGAACCAACCCCGUUACUGGGUGGAAGAGUCUGUAUGGAGCUGGCAUGCAUACCCGCAGGUUCAAUGAAGUCACUGCUGAUGAGAGUCGCCGUCUGGCAGACUGGUUGCUGCAAAUGAUUGUCGAGAACCAUGAUUUGCAAUUUCGUCACUCGUGGAAGAAUCCGUACGAUGUUGCCAUCUGGGAUAACAGAGCGGUGUUCCAUGCGGGAAUCAUGGAUUACAAGGGACAAGGGCACCGCACUGGGCACCGAUACGUUGGGGUGGGCGAACAGCCAUACCUCGAUCCUGAGAGCCAAACCCGACGUGAGGCACUGGGCGAGGUUAAUUAA